ACGCGACCCCAUAAUCCGUCACUGCGGUCGGAGCAGUUGCCAUGGUGAACGCCGGCAGGGCCGAGGCUCGCGCACAUUCUCUAAACAUCCUUUUUAAAUAUUAAGAUACGUACGCGCGCGUCUGCUAAAAUGUACUACGGGGGAGUUUAAUUUUAGUUUUUUUAAAUACUAACCGUAAAUGUUAUUGUAAUAUUUUAUGGGCGCGGUCCUAGUCGCCGUGUAGCAUUUCCGCGGGUUACCGUAACUUACCUCGCAGGCUAGCAGGCUAGCAGGCUAACCGGCGUGGCCGCUGCUGGGAGCCGCGGAGCGCGAGGAGGAGGGAGGGAGGAGGGAGGAGGGGGGAGAAGGAGGCGGCACCGACCAGAUUUUUCCCAGAAUCGUCCCAGGAGCUUCAUUGUUGGCGAGGAGAGGGAGGGAGAGGGAUAUAGAGAGAAGGCUAAACGAGGAGCGACGUCAUGGGAAUCGCCGAGGAAUAACAGACCUGUAUCGCGGACUGGCCGUGGACGGUUCCGGUAUGCCUGCUGAAAGCAGUCGGGCAGCCUGACCGGUGCUCCACGGGGCCUGCUUCCCACCCUGCGCGUUUCUAGUCCGGGCUAGCGACGCGGAUCUUCGGCUAUAUCGCAGUUAUACUGCAUCCCCCCGGCAGACGCGAUGCGGACAGUAACGGCACUUUGAUUUUUUAUUAUUUUUUACAUGGCCGUUUAAACCAAUUAGGUUCUUUUUUAUUUAAAGGAAUCACCAAUAUUACCGUUUUAAAGCGUCUUUUUAUGGGAUUGUUAUUUCACCGCAAUCCGGGACUGUGAGCGAAAAUGCGGAAUUGGAGGCGGCUCCUGCGGAUCUCAAACCGCUCCUUCCUGGCCUUCAUUUUCUUUUUCUCCUUGUCUACGUCCUGCCUGUAUUUCAUUUAUGUGGCGCCCGGAAUCGCCAACACCUACUUCUUCAUGGUCCAGGCCCAGGGUAUGAUGCUGAGGGACAAUGUCCGUACGAUCAGUCACAUGAUCAGGCUGUACACCAACAAGAACAGCAGCAUCAACGGCACCGAUUACCCCGAUGGCAAUAAUUCGAGUGAAUUCAUCGCCCAGCCGACUACUUAUCUUCCUGAGAAUUUCACCUAUGCCCUAAACCUCCCUUGCCCUGAAAAAUUACCUUCUAUGAAGGGUCAAGCUGACGUCAACAUGACUGAAAUGCCCAUGGAAGACAUUUACCUCCAGUUCUCGAAAUACACAGACGUCCGGAACGCCGGCCACUGGAAGCCAGGAGACUGCAAGCCGCGCUGGAAGGUAGCCAUCCUGAUCCCGUUCCGGAACCGGCAUGAGCACCUGCCCAUACUCCUACGGCACCUCAUCCCCAUGCUCCAGCGGCAGCACCUGCAGUUCGGUUUCUACAUCAUCGAGCAGACUGGUACUCAGCCAUUCAACCGUGCCAUGCUGUUCAACGUGGGUUUCAAGGAAGCCAUGAAGGACCUAGACUGGGACUGCUUCAUCUUCCACGACGUGGAUCACAUCCCGGAGAAUGACCGUAACUACUACGGCUGUGGGCAGAUGCCCCGGCACUUUGCCGCCAAGCUGGACAAAUACAUGUACAUCCUUCCGUAUGCGGAGUUCUUCGGAGGUGUCAGUGGGUUGACCAUGGACCAGUUCCGGAAGAUCAAUGGGUUUCCCAAUGCAUUCUGGGGCUGGGGGGGAGAGGACGACGACCUCUGGAACAGGGUGCACUAUGCGGGCUUCAAUGUCACCAGGCCAGACGGGGACAUAGGAAAGUACAAAUCCAUCCCUCACCACCAUCGGGGAGAAGUUCAGUUCCUGGGGAGGUACAAGCUUCUGAGAUAUUCCAAAGAGAGACAGUACCUAGACGGUUUGAACAACUUGAAAUACACACCCAAGAUCACUAUGAGCAGACUAUACAAAAACAUAUCAGUUAACCUUUCCCCAGAACUGGCUCCUGUCGCCGACUAUUGAACUGGCUUAUUUGUCUCUUGAAUGGAUUCCAGGACCUGACACAAGCAAAAUCCAGUUUCUGAAUCCUUUUAGCGGUACAAAAAGACAAAAAAAAAAUGAAGGAGUCCGGUUUAACGUGGCUGGGUCGCCCUACGUGAAGAGCAGAGACCGCCGGGGUGAUCGUGUCUCCAUUUGCAUGUUAAGUGGGCCAAGUCAGCUUCCACUUGUAAAUUUCCAUCACAUUUUGGAAGAGCAGAGUGCCAGUGUCAGCCAACACGAUGUUUACUGCUUAGCCUUAAACCCACAUGAGUUCUGUAUCACCAGUCUUUCGUUUGAGUGGUAAGGUGCUGUGGGCGGAGAGCGGUUGGCCAAGGGUUUCACUUUGUGCCGGGAGAGAUGGGAUCGACGCCCUGCAUAACUCACACAGGCCCUUUCUCUUGCUGAUUGUUUUUUAAAUUCCGGAGGUGAGGAGUUUGGGUUCAGUGAGUACGAAUCCAGGCCAGGGUUUUGUUUCAACCUACCAUUUGAGUCGGAAGCAUCACAGAGCACUCAGCUGGUAGGUUGAAAGAAAACCCUGGUCUGGAUUUGUACUUUCUGGGCCUGAACUUUCCACCUCUUAAAUUCACCUCAUUUUUUGGGGGCUAGGAGGAUGUAUGGCAAAUCAGACAAAUGUCAGAGCCAGUUUAAAAAAAAAAAAAAAAAGAUGAUUCAAGGUAAAUGUACGCUUCAUUGUACAAAUAUUUGCUGUGUUCCUGGGAAGUUCCUUCCCCCAUUUGGAACGUCCGAUCCGCUGCUAGCAUGGUGCUGUCAGGCUGGGGGGGGGCAGGAGACCCUGGGGCUUAUGCAGGGCUUUGGAAACCCGUUUCCACACAGCAGCAGUGUCAAAUGAAACCCAGCCUCUCACUUUAACGACGACCUUAGGAGACAAUAGGCCGUGUUUUCACUGGUGGUUGUUGUCCUUUUUUGUUCACUCCUGACCGGGUUUAAUUUCCUCAAAAUGGUUAUUUGUAUAUGUGAUGUAAAUUUGGGAUAUGUUUAUUUUUUUGUAUUUAUUUAUUUCCUUUUUUUAAGUCGUAGAAGCACUCCAGGUCAUGUGAAACGUGUUCUCAUUCCUCUGGCUGUAUAUUGUACUGUCGAGACAGUUUGCAUGAAGAAAAUCAAUGUAAAUACAGGCCUUUUAAAACCUAAAGCAUAUUAGGAUUAUUAGACAAUUUAAUGUAACUUGUUUUUUUUUUUGGGCAGCUAUGACAUUUUUCCAGAUCGCUAGGCAAUUUAGCUGAAUGGAGUGAGAACUCGUCUGCUGAGAUUAGCCGCGCUUUUUACGCACUGAUCCCCUGGUUUCCGCCAGAUUUUCAUUUGCACCCCCCACCCCAAAGAAAAGUCCUGCGUUGAUAGACUUCUGCAUGCCUUUAUUUAUACUUUUUUUUUUUAUUAUCCAGAUGUCUAUUUUGCCUGUUUUUUUUUUUUUGAAGUGCACUGUGUACAGGUGAGCCACGCCUCUAGGGUGGGGGGACGGCGGGACGGAAGGCGGUCGCUGAGCCACGGUGACGCCGCGCACCAGAACGUCCCCCACGAACGGGCGUGCCCGAUCGUACAUCACUCUGUUUGAGGCUGUAUUUAUUUUAAGCUCCCGACUGUAAAAUAAGCCGUAAUGUGAGGAUGGCUCUUGUGCCUUCCUUGAACGGCGUGUAGAAUAAACGUGGGCUAUGACGACUCCAACUAAACGGUUUUGAGCGCUACACUGUUUAUUUUGUUUGAUGUCUUUUUAAACUAAUGGCUUUUUUCUUUUGCUAUAUUUCUUAUGGGUUGUUUCUCUCAAAAAGCCCUAAAUAUCGUUGCCUUUGCUGUCUUUUUAGCGUGUGGGAUCUCUGGCCGAGAUUCAGGAUGUGUUUUGCCCGACGCCUGAACCUUCCAGCCGGUUUGGAUUGAGACUUGCUGUUUGCCAGGUUCUCUAAAUGAGGGUGUUAAAUUCAGUCUCAGCAAACGUCCUGUAAGGUCUCAGAGGUUCACCCACGCCAGUUGCAGCUCCGAACGUGCACUGUUGUAAAUUAGUUCGAUUACAAUGCCAUAACCCUCUAGCUUGGCUAUAUUGCUGAUGCAAACGCAUGGGUACUUUUGACUUUACCGUGAAUUUUCAGGGUUUUGGGUGGGGUGGGGGGAACCUCAGAAAUACUGUCAACCAAAUGUAGCUCUCUGGAGUGUUUUGAGAUUUUAAACAAUCUUUCUAAGUUGCAUUUAAUAAGUAGGUGGCGUUUAUAGGCCUGUGUAAUGAUGCAUUUUUAAAGGCAAUUGUUUAAUGACCACUGUAAUUGUGUCAGGUAUGGAAGUGGGAUCCUAAUGCAGCUGUAACAGCCAUUAAAACCUGACCUCAGUCACAGCAGGUCAGGUCCCAGUACUGUGGACAACAUACAGCGGAUAUACCUUUUAAAGGGGACCACAGCUUCCAUACCUAACACUGUCCAGAACACACCCCCUAAAAUAACAAAUCCACCCAUAUUUCAUUUACUGCUAUUAUUAGUUUUUCAAAUCGAUUUCCAGCACCUGUUUUUCAGAUUCAAGAUUGUAUAAAUGUAGAAAUAGGUCAGCCAUUUGUGAGGGGGGGGGCGGGGUUUGUUAUGAUAAAUUUGUGCACUCUGCCCCUCCCCCAGCCGGUGAGUAGUUGGUGAAAUUGCAAACUGCAGCAAUGUUGUGGUUUAUUGGUUAAACCUCAGAGCAUGGAUCGGGUAACUUCCUGGGGAUUUCAUUGUGGUACUUUUUAAAAGGAAGUAUUACUUCUGGGAAGAUCUGGAAUGUAAUUAUGGCUGGUCUGUUCUUUCUAAAGUGGCUUAUUCAUCGUGCAAGAUGGGAAGAUUUCUCCAGAAAAUCUCUCACUGUUGGUGCAUUAACAUAAAGCAUAAGGCGGACGCGCCCACAGUUGAUGGGUGGAUUUAAUCGAAAGCUCAUUGAUGUAGUGUCUGGCUUCACGGCAGAUUACGAAUCUGUGGUGGAAUAUUCUGCAGGAGGGAAGAUUUUCUGAGCUGAUGAACCUCCUGUCUUCCUGAUGCAGUCCCACCCAGUCUAUCUUUCAUAUAGGAAAUGGCGAUCCCAACUAGGAAACGCUCCAAGUGGAAUUAACGUCAGGAGCUGUUCUCGUAACCAGUAGCAACAGCUCCUGACCUCUGAAAGCACUGAUGUUAGAAGUCCUCACCUAUGCGGUUUUAUCUUCUGCCCCCCAAAGGUUAGUUUUGACGGUUUGUGAUAGGGCCGUGAAGCCGCAAGAGUGCACGGAGGUAUUCCGCCUCGGAUCCACGCGUUCCCUGCUGUCAGUGUGCUGGAAGGUUGUCUAAACUCCGCGUGCAUCACCAAUAGGGUUAUUUGUAAUGUUGAGUAUCACAUAUUGCAGUAUUCAUAUAAAUGUGCCUUGGGUUUUAAAAUUUUAGUUGAAAUGUUUUAGAAAAUUUUGAUUUGAGGUUUUUUAGCCGUGAACAUUGACUUGAGUUUAUAGGAAAUUUGAGUGCAUAUGUAGAGUUUUUUUUUCUCCCCCUCUUCCUCUUGUUUCCAAGUUUUUAUUUUUCAUUUGUUUUACCUAGAUGUGAAUAUAUGAAGAAAAAUUGACCUUUUUUUUUUAUUUUAUUUUAUUUUUUUUUUAAAAAACUUGUUCCUUCUGAGAACAUUUGACAUAAGAUUUUGACGUUGCUUUACAGUGUUUGUAUAAUCAAUGCUUUGGAAUUGCGUUCACACUGUUCUGUAAAACAUCGAGGAGUCAGACACAUUGGACUUUGUAACCCUGUUUUUCAGUAAAGUAAACGAUUAUGUUGCCAUGUUCAUGUAACACUGCUUUAGCAUAUUUUUUUAUUCAAAUAAAGAAGUGAAUUUCAGUGUCA